AUGGACAAACAGGCUGGAGGUCCCAGAUUCAUCAACCAAUAUGCUCUAUAUGUCGAAGAGGCGGGCAGUAUGAUCACCAUCCACAACCUCCAAUCACACGACAACCUAGAGAUAUAUAAGAAUGCAUUCAAUAUCAUGGACAAGUACUUCCCAGAUGAGGAGGAAGUGGAUGCAGCAAUUAGCACACCUAGCCUUGAUGCUACUGGUACAUUUGCUGAUGUCACUGCUCCUCAAGGAGGCUUUAGUUUCAGUCAGCAGUAA